AUGGAUUCUGUUAAAAUUUUCACUAUCCUGCCCUUCUUGCUUUGCCUUGCCACCAUUUCUUCAGAAGCACAGCCAAAUUAUCUGUACCAUAUUUGCCAAAACGCCACUAGUUACACCAGCAUGGGAUACCUGGACAAUGUUAAUAGAGUCCUAUCUUCAAUUUCCAUCAACGCAAUAGACCGUCCGAAUGGGUUUUAUGACACCUCCGAGGGCGACGGUGAUAAUCGUGUCUAUGGACUUUUUCUUUGUUUUGGCGACCUUAGUCCAGACGUCUGCGAACUUUGUGUUAAAAAUGCUACCAAGGAAAUCAUCAAACAUUGCCCUAUCCAACCCAGGGCUAUAGUAUGGUACGACCAAUGCGUCCUGAGAUAUUCCGACCGACCAAUCUAUUCAAUUAUGGAUACAUCACUUGCUGUAUAUGCGUCGAGUGUAGAGAAUGUCACGAGCACAGACCAGCGAAGAUUUGACACGGUUUUGAAAACCACUAUGAGGGACAUAGCAACUCUGGCAGCAAGUGCUCCACGGGGUGCAAUCAAGUUUGAUGUAAAAGUAGCAAAUGUUACGUCACGUAUAAAUAUAUAUACCCUCGCGCAGUGCACUCCGGACCUAACCGGCGAGGACUGUUCUCGGUGUCUUGGGUCUGCUAUCUCAAAUUUGACAUAUGGAAAGCUAGGGGGAAGGGUCUUGUGUCCAAGCUGUAACAUUCGGUAUGAAGUAUAUCCAUUUUAUAACGAAACUGGGUUUAAACGUGAGGUUUAUCCUUUAAUCAACGCAACUGUGGUAGUGGGAAAUACACCUUCGCCUCAAGGAGGAGAAGGAAGCAAACGAUUGCUGACUAAAAUCGCAGCAGGUGUUUCUGCAGCAAUUGUGGGGAUAGUACUAUUCUGUUCUUUCAUAUAUGCAGUACUAUGGAGAAGUAAACAUCAAAAAAAGGAGGAGGUGGUUCAGUUAAUGGACCUGAGAAGGAGAAAUGACUAUUCAAGUGAUAAUAUUAGAGGAGAGAUGCCAGUGAACUACUCUCAAGAUCUUCCUACCAUCUCAUUUGACAUCAUAAAAGACGCAACAAAUACUUUUUCUAAUGAAGCUAAACUUGGAGAAGGCGGGUUCGGCCCGGUGUAUAAGGGUACAUUAGAAAAUGGCAAAGAAAUUGCAGUUAAGAGGCUCUCAAGAACUUCAGGUCAAGGACUACAGGAAUUCAUGAAUGAAAUCACUUUAAUUGCCAGAUUACAGCACAGAAACCUAGUCCGACUCCUCGGCUGUUGUUUAGAAGAAACCGAAAAGUUGCUUAUCUAUGAGUACAUGCCCAACAGAAGCCUCGAUGUCUUUCUUUUUGAUUCAAAUAUGAGUACACACCUUGAUUGGCAAAGACGUUUUAUGAUCAUCAAUGGGGUUGCCAAGGGUAUCUUAUAUCUUCAUGAAGAUUCUCGGCUAAGAGUUAUUCACCGAGACCUAAAAGCCAGUAAUGUUUUGCUCGAUUAUGAGAUGAACCCCAAGAUUUCAGAUUUUGGAAUGGCGAGAAUUUUUGGGAGAAAUGACAGCAAAAGUACAAAUACAAUUGUUGGUACUUAUGGAUAUAUGUCUCCAGAGUAUGCAAUGGAAGGACUAUUCUCUGUGAAAUCAGAUGUUUUUAGCUUUGGAGUUCUUAUAUUGGAAAUCAUUAGCGGAAGAAGAAAUAAUCGAUUCUAUCUAUCAGAAGAGGGUGAAUGCCUCCUCACGUUUGCUUGGAAACUGUGGCAUAAAGGUCGAGGUAUGGAAUUGAUAGAUCCGUCGCUUGUAGAGUCAAGUGUGGCGACUGAGGUGCUAAAGUGUGUGCACAUUGGACUUUUGUGUGUGCAAGAUGAGCCGGCAGAAAGACCCACAAUGUCAUCUCUAGUUGUUAUGUUAGCCAGUGAUACUAUUACACUUCCUCAACCCAAACAACCUCUAUUUUCUGUUGGCCAAUUAGUUGGAAGAGCAGCUCCAUCAUCAUCAGCAUCAGUUUUAAAAGUUAGUUCUGUGAAUCAGGUAACUAAUUCAAGUGUAUCACCUCGUUGA